GUGUUAUUUUGGAUUUCGCUAGACUGCACAAUUACGACGACGUUCAAUAUUUAUAACAUCGGCUUGACUCUCUUAAUUAAGUUUUAGACUAAUUUGGCUGCGAAUAUUAAAAGUUUUAUAUUCUGGAUAAUACUUCAUAAAAUUGUUAUAUUAAUAUCAAUUCCUCAUAAUAUUUCAUAUUUAAGCAAUUGAGACAAUAAUUUGGGUCUUUACUUAUACGUUUGACUUCUAAAAAUUGUUCUACGCAAACGACUCGGUGUGAUAAAAGCCAAACAUAACAAUAACGUAUAUAUAGAGGUGCCAACGGCAGUAGCUCAUCAAACUAAUGUGAAAAUUCGAUUAAAGUAUGGACAAAAUCGAGCAAUCAUCGUGUGACAAAAAUUUGUCGAAUAAUAAACGGAUAUCAGCUGAGAGCUGUUCAGACGACGACGAAGGUAAGGAAAUAGCAAUGGAAACCGUGGAGGCAAUUUUGGAGGCAGUAGUCACAGAACAAGUCGAUGAUAAUUAUAGUGAAAGUGACUCCCGUUCAACUCCAACAAAGACGGAUAAAAGUAGCAGUGACAGCGGAGUUUGCAUCAACAUUGAGGAGCAAUCAAUUACCAACAAUACGGACCUUAAUACAGAUAUAGAUAUGAAUUCUACCGAUGUAAACAGUACUGAUAACCUGAAUACGUCCUCCAACCAUUCAGGAAACAAUUUAGUACUUAGCUCUACCCUCAAUGAGGAAUCAGUAACUCAAGUUCACAAUGACCAAAAAACGAAAACGUCAUUACAACAUGAUGCUGAAAAAGAAACGGAUGAACAAUCAGGCAGCAAUAUUAUAGGGGUGAAACAACUUUGUGGUAGCAGUGAUACAAUUGAGUUACCCGCUUGGCCGCGUCAUACACGUCGUGGUGCUCGUAAUUACCGCCAUAGUACCCAAGACGAUGGUCAAGACGAUGAAGACGAAAGUGAUAGGGAAGGAGUCAUUGUUAAUGCAACUGAAGAAGAGCAAAUGCCGCUACUGUCGGAAUCAACAACACAAUCAACAAAUGCGGAGGCUGUUAAUAAUAUUGACACAUCAAUGCCAAGCGAAGCUGAGGAUUUGCCUGCCAAUUCCGACACCACGGGAAAUAGGUUGCCGUAUAUAAGCAGCAGUCCCAUUUUCAGCGACGACGAUGAUGACAUUGAUGAAGACGAUGACGAUGAUGAUGAUGACGACGAUGAUGAUGACGAUGACGACGAGGACGACACUGAUGAUGAUGAUGAAGAUGAUGCUGACUCCACUGAGCAUGCGAGCAAUUUAGCUGAAAUUAUGAAUAAACCUAAACCAGCAUAUACCUGGUGUUCGGCGUAUGAGCUGAUGCGUCGCGAACAUGGACUGAGUGGCGAUGGCCGCAGAUCUUUGAGUGGAGGAUUAUCUCCAGGUUUCAAUGCACGUUUUUAUGCAGCCCGACACGUUAUCGAACGUAUGAAGAUCUCCCAUUGCCUAACAAAGCAUAGUGGCUGUGUAAAUUGCUUAAAUUUUAAUCGCAACGGUGACUUACUCUGCUCUGGUUCAGAUGACACACGCAUAAUAGUAUGGGAUUGGGCGCUAAAGAAGCCAAAAUGCGUUUUUAAAUCGGGGCAUACUCAGAAUAUAUUUCAAACGAAAUUUAUUAACAGUGCAGGUGUUUUAGAUAUUGUAUCCGCUGGUCGGGAUGGUCAAGUACGCCGUUCAAUUCUACCGUCAUCUGGCGGAAAACCACAAACAUCAUUGCUAUAUCGUCAUAAUGGGUCCGUGCAUAAACUUGUGAUGAGCCCAAAUAAUCCCUUUGAAAUUAUAAGUGCCGGCGAGGAUGCCCAUAUACGUCUUAAAGACUUGCGUAGCGACGAGAGCUCAACUAGCCUUUGUAAAGUGCAGAGCAGUAGAAAGAAACGUAAAAUACGUCUUUUCAGCAUUGCUCAUCACCCCUACGCUCCGGAAAUAUGCGUCUGCGGCUGUGAUAACUUUGUUCGUGUCUUCGAUAAGCGCCAUAUGGCCAAACCAGUGCAUCAAAUGUGUCCCGAACAUUUAGUUAAAAGUGCUAUGCCUCAAGUCACUUGCGCUGUCUACAACAAUACAGGUAGUGAAGUGCUCGCAUCUUAUAGCGAUGAUUUCAUCUACUUAUUUAAUAAUAACAAAUACAAAACAGGCGAAUAUCUUCAUCGUUACCGUGGUCAUUACAAUCACAAAACAAUCAAAGGGGUAAACUUUUUCGGGCCCAAUUCAGAGUAUGUGAUCAGUGGAAGUGAUUGUGGCAAUAUAUUUUACUGGGAUAAAAAUACUGAAGCAAUCUUAAACUUUAUGCCUGGCGAUACUAUGGGUGUGGUAAAUUGUUUAGAGCCGCAUCCAUCAAUUCCGGUACUGGCUACAUCUGGACUAGAUAGCAGCAUAAAAAUAUGGACUCCAAGUAGUGACGUGUAUCCUCCUGAUUUGUCUAAACUUGAAACGUGUGUUAAACGGAACCUGAGACAUUCGGUAUUGGGCGAUGGCAGUGGGUUUAAUGAUCGCGAAUUUCACAACUUUAUACGCCAAUUUCUUCGUACUCCACCUCGUCGUGGUACAUAUCCGUCAGGUGAUGACGAACAUAGCAACAGCAGUAGUGACGGUGAUAGUGAUGGUUUCGAUUGUCCACAAAUGGAAGGUAUACAAUGUCAAACCCAAUAAACUUGAAUUCUAACACCAAUAUAUUUACGAAAAGUGGCGGAAUAGUCAAUAUGUUUUAUAGGUUUCCUGCUAGAAUGUUUCUUUCUUUCUUUUUAAAUUGUUGCCAACUUUUUUACACCCUUUCUUGUAAUAUAUUUAUUUGCACGAUGAUAUAAUGCGUCAAAGAGUUUAUUGCUUGUUAGACCAAAUUAGAAUUAUCGUGCCAAAAAAUGUUUGUUGGUUAUCAAAAUAUACAUACAUAUAUAUUU